AUGGACCUCUCAGCCAUGGACCUCGCGAGCCUCGCGGCCGUCAACCUCUCCGAUUCCAGCGACGAUUCCGAAGACCCCGAUUGGGGCCGGUCGAGAUCCCCGCGCCGCCCGGGCGGCCUCCCGUCUGGCGGCUCGCUUCCCGCCGCGCUCCCGGGGGCCACCGACGACGCCCCGUCGCCCGGUUCGCCUGCCGCCGCGACAGCGGAGAGUGUCGAGCCGACUUCGGAGAGCCGCCCGGCCGAGGAGAAGGCCAUCGCCCUGGAGGGCGCCGAGGCGCAGUUGCGCGCCGCGGGCUUGAACGAGGCGGCGGACAAGCUCGCGCAGCAGGCUGCCGAGCACCGCGCCGCGGCCGCGACGCUCCAGGCAUCGACCGCCGCCGCGGAGCAGAAGGCCGCCGCCUUGGAGGACUCCGCGUCGCAGCUCCGCGCCGCCGGCCUGAACGCGGAGGCCGAUGAACUCGUGCAGAGAGCCGCAGAGCAGAGGAGCCGCAUCGCAGUUGCGCCCCGCGGAGGCCCCGCGCGUCGCCCUACAGAGGGCGGCGCGCCACCGACGUCGGCUCCGGGUGUCGACCCGGCUGUGCACCCCGGCGCUGGCGCUUCCACUGCCGGCCACGGCGCUGUCGCUCCCGGUGCCCGCGCGAUGCCGGAGCUGGCGGGCGCCGCCUUGCCCACAGGCGGCGCGCCCCCUGCCGCCGCCGCCGGCGCGCCCGAAGGAGGCCGCGCCCCGCGCGUCAUGCCGCCAGCGCUGCGCGCUGACCCGGGUCGCCUGCCCAUCGGGGCGCCUAUCGGCGCGGCCCCGCCGCCGCGGGCGCCGCGCCCGGCGGGGCGGCCGAUUCCGCCCCCGCCCAUCGCGAUGGCGGCGGAGGUCGAGCUCGCGGACCUCGAGGGGAAUCUCCCGGGCCAGUGGGUGACGUUCAACAUGUGGGUCACGGAGAGAUCGCAGAUCCAUUCGGACGCGGAGAAGGCCCAGAACGGCCCCAAGGGCCGCGUCUGGGGCACCGGCAACGGGCAGGUCGGCGUGACAGUGUGGAGCUCCGCGCCGGUGGCCAAGAACAUCUUCGAGCAGGCCCCGGCGCUGACCCUUCACAUGCCAGCGUCUUCGAGGAUUGCCACCCGUGCUCCAAUCUCGCCGACGCCCAUCACUGAGUGGCUUGAAGAUGUCCAGAUCGCCCAGGCCCAGCUCUUGCACAGCUGGGCCUGGGACGAUUCCGGCACGAAAGGCCCCAUCUGUGCGGUGGCGGUUGCCACCAUUGACCCGCCGCGCCCUCUUCGCACAGAUUGGGCGGCAGCAUCCACGCCCUUCAACGCGAUCCCGGCAUCCUUCCAGGGAACGCUCAUCCUGAACUUGUCCGGAAUCAUCGUGGACCACACCACCGUCAUGAAGGUGAACGAAUCCCGGCGCGGCAUCACGCUCCAGGAGCCGAACGGCAGCGGGCGGAUCAACAUGACAGUGUGGGCUGCGCUUGCGCUCCGCCCCCUCCCGACGGGGGUCGUGACCUUCCAGCGCGUGGAGGUGUCCUGCCAGAAGAAGCUCCGGGACGGCAGCGUGGUCCCCACGCCCCGGACCCUGAACGCGUGGUGGGGCACCGGGAUCAUCGGCUGGCGCGGCAUGUCAAUCUGA